UUUAUAAGAGGUGUAGGAGAAAAUUGAUAGAUGGCUGGAACUGCUAGGCAUGAUCGGGAAAUGAAGGUUAAAGCUGAACAGCAGCUGAAAACUACAAAUAAUCCCAUUGAAAAGUUGAGGUUUCAGUGUCUUUCUCGUGGAUCAAGUGGAAUCAAAGGACUGGGAAGAACAUUCCGGAUAAUGGAUGAUGAUGGUAACAAGAAGAUAGAUUUCAAGGAGUUUAAGAAGGGUUUACGAGAUUAUGGAGUUGAUAUUGAACCAGAGGAAGUUCAGGAAAUGUACAAUGCUUUUGACAGAGAUGGGUCUGGGUCAAUCGAUUUUGAUGAGUUUUUAGUGAGUUUGAGGCCACCUAUUUCGAAAGCGAGGAAAAAUCUCAUACAGAAAGCUUUUCGAAAACUAGAUAAAACAGGUGAUGGAGUUAUCACUGUAGAAGAUUUGCGUGGCGUUUAUAAUGCAUCGCAUCAUCCUAAAUACCAAAAUGGUGAAUGGACUGAAGAUCAAGUGUUUAGAACAUUUCUCGAUAGUUUUGACACACCAGGGGAUGCCGAUGGCGAGGUGACAUACGAUGAAUUCUUCAAUUACUAUGUUGGUGUGAGUGCUUCAAUUGACCAUGAUGCCUACUUUGACGUAAUGAUGCGGAAAGCAUGGAAAUUGUAACGAAUAAUUAAGAAAGUACAUAAUGGAAGAUUAGUUUCAAAAAGGCGGAGAUAAAAAUCAGGACGGAAUCAUUCGUAGGAAUAUCUUACCUAAUGUAUCACGUUAUUCAACGUUUUUAUAUAGAUUUGAAAACUGUGACAAACUUGUCUCAAGUGAUUUUAUAUACCGGUAUAUGAUAUUGAAAUUGACUAUUUUGCACUUUCCAUUUUUACUUUCAAUAACAUUCCAUGUAUAUUUGCAACUAUUACAAUAAAACCUUAGCGUAAUAAAAAAAAAGAUUUUGCUGCUCUUCGGUUCAUCAUAGGACUGCUUGAUUAAAACUACAAAAUGUAUAUAUACUUUGAGUGUGAUAUGCCUUUUUUAUUUUUUUCCACUUUGUAAAUGUUAACAGUUUUAAUUAUGUUAUAAUUAAAUAAAUUAGAGUAGUCUGAUAGCUAUCUAAUUACCACAAUAUAUGUUCUACUUUCUUUUUUGAGUUAUUAAAACUCAUUACUUGAUAAUAAACGGCAACUUGAUUCAGAAAAUCAAUUAAUUUCUUAAUUAAAUAUGGAAAUAGUCAAAACUUCUAUACUUCAAUUAUAUAUCACACAACAAUUUUUAGUGUUGCUAAGCACUAAUAUGUAGGCAAUUGUUGUUAAUUUUACCAAUUUCAGUUGAUCACCAUCCUAGGACAUGAAGCAGGAUUUGGAAUAAUGCGUCCUAUAUCCCUUGUUAUAAUUUAACUUAACCGAUAGAUUGAAUAUAUCAGUGGUAAACAUGCCUGUUGUACGUGCAUUUGCAUAUUGACGAAAUUACAACCUAUGAUUACUUAGCUUAUUAUUAGUGUAACUUUCAAUAAAUGAAACAUCUACUCUGAC